UUGGAGGAAUUUGACACGUUUUAUUUAUGACUUCGUUUUUUUUUUUAAUAUUUAUUCUUUCCUUUUUUGUUCAUGUGUAUGUUGUAACUCGUGCAGUAGAGGAUAUCUGGUGGCUCUGUUUAUGAUGCUCCAGUUUUACCUCUUUUUACAAUAGUCAAGCUGCAUCACUUUUUUAUGUGGAUGUUUUGAUAUUUUCAGGAAAGGAUGGCAGGUGGUGCCGCGGUGAACACUGCCAACACGUGCAGGAGGAAAGAAAGGAUGGCAGGUGGUGCCGCGGUGAACACUGCCAACACGUGCAGGAGGAAAGAAAGGAUGGCAGGUGGUGCCGCGGUGAACACUGCCAACACGUGCAGGAGGAAAGAGAGGAUGUCAGGUGGUGCCGCGGUGAACACUGCCAACACAUGCAGGAGGAAAGAAAGGAUGGCAGGUGGUGCCGCGGUGAACACUCCCAACACAUGCAGGAGGAAAGAAAGGAUGGCAGGUGGUGCCGCGGUGAACACUGCCAACACGUGCAGGAGGAAAGAAAGGAUGGCAGGUGGUGCCGCGGUGAACACUGCCAACACGUGCAGGAGGAAAGAAUGGAUGGCAGGUGGUGCCGCGGUGAACACUGCCAACACGUGCAGGAGGAAAGAAAGGAUGGCAGGUGGUGCCGCGGUGAACACUGCCAACACGUGCAGGAGGAAAGGAAGGAUGGCAGGUGGUGCCGCGGUGAACACUGCCAACACGUGCAGGAGGAAAGUGCGUACCUGCUUCAUUACAUCAUGUGCACUCUGUUUUGGAACUCAAUGUUAAACUUUUUUUUUUUCAUGUCAACCGAAACCUGUCUGUUGCCUGCCUUUCUCCUGUCUGCUUCCCACGAAUCUAUGAAGGAAAGAAAGGAUGUGCUUCCAUGGUAUCAUGUCAGUAGUAUUAUCCAUUGAAGGAUGAGUUUAAACCUUUUUCCAGAGCGUUGUUUUUGUCUCCCAUUUUUCUGCCUUCCCAGGGUAUAUAUAUGAAAGAAGAAUGUAAAUUUAGUCUAUAAUGUUCAUUGUAACAUGUAUUCCAGUCUUUGUGUGCUUAUUUUACUGUAUGCAUAGAGAAAAGAAGGAUUCGAAAUGUGGUAAUGAAAAGUAGAACAUGAAAUAAAUAGAUAAUAAAUAAGUGAAUAAAUAAAUAAAUAAAUAAAUGGAUGAAUUAAUGCAUACCCUAGAGAACAUUUCAUACCUUCUGAGCUUACCAUAGCAAAUACACUGAUAUGCUACAAAAAAUGCACACAAGUAUAUGAAGAUGGAAAAAAUGGGGGAAGUCUGUCUUGUGUUGUUAUUUCUAUGGUUACUGCUCUUCUGAAUUUGCCAUCAGCAUGCGUCUCUCCUUCCCCACGCUGACGCUACACAAGACUUUCACCUUUAUUCCGUUACCCUUCAGUAGUCCAGGAGUUAAGCAAUAUCUUCAUUCUUUCAUCCUCUUCAUUGGUAAACUCUGGAAUUCUCUGCCUGUUUCUGUUUUUUCCCCUUCCUGUGACUAGUUGUUUUAAGAGUAUUGAGGCACUUCCUGAAACAUAUUUAGAUUUUUUAUUGUUGACUUUUUUUUUCCUUUUUUUCUCUUAUUUUGUCUGUAUGUAUGGAAGCGGCAACUGAAAAGAUAUUUUUUUGUUCCUCUGUUUGCCAUUCGCCAAGAAGAUAUGAAAGUAUGAGUAUAAGUAGUGGCUAUAUGCAAAUGUUAGAAUACCAUUUUGUACUGACUCUAAAUUAAACAUGUGUUGCAUUCUUUA